AUCGUACUACUGAGAGACCACCAAUAACGAUAACGACAGCUUAUACCGGAGCUUGUCAAACAAAAAGAAGUAAAAUUAAGUUUAUACCGCAAACUACGUGUAAAUAAAGGCCCCCCGACAGCAUGGAGCAAAUGGAAGUGGACGUUGACAUGUCGGCCAAGCCCAGCACAUCGUCCUCCGCCGCCGCCGGGAGCAGUAUGGCAGUGGAUAAGACUGCGGAUCAAAACCCACAGCCGCAGGGAAACAUAAUGGCUGCAGCGGGCACCAGUGGUUCUGUGACCAUAUCGCUGCAUCCGCUGGUCAUAAUGAACAUCUCCGAGCACUGGACACGCUUUCGUGCACAGCACGGUGAGCCGCGACAGGUGUACGGAGCACUGAUUGGCAAGCAGAAGGGCCGCAACAUUGAGAUUAUGAACUCGUUCGAACUGAAGACGGACGUUAUUGGCGAUGAAACAGUGAUCAACAAGGACUACUACAACAAGAAGGAACAACAGUACAAGCAGGUGUUCAGUGAUCUCGACUUCAUAGGCUGGUACACAACCGGCGACAAUCCCACUGCCGAUGACAUUAAGAUCCAAAGACAGAUAGCCGCCAUCAACGAGUGCCCCAUCAUGCUACAGCUGAAUCCGCUCUCCCGCAGCGUCGACCACCUUCCCCUGAAGCUAUUCGAGUCCCUAAUCGAUCUGGUGGACGGCGAGGCCACCAUGCUGUUCGUGCCCCUCACCUACACACUGGCCACCGAGGAGGCGGAGCGCAUUGGUGUGGAUCAUGUGGCGCGCAUGACCUCGAACGAGUCCGGCGAGAAGAGCGUGGUGGCGGAGCAUUUGGUGGCCCAGGACAGUGCCAUUAAGAUGCUAAAUACACGCAUCAAGAUCGUGCUGCAGUACAUACGCGAUGUGGAGGCCGGAAAGCUGCGGGCCAACCAAGAGAUUCUGCGAGAAGCCUACGCUCUCUGCCACCGACUGCCCGUCAUGCAGGUGCCCGCCUUCCAGGAGGAAUUCUACACGCAGUGCAACGAUGUGGGACUGAUUAGCUACCUGGGCACGCUGACCAAGGGCUGCAAUGAUAUGCACCACUUUGUGAACAAGUUUAAUAUGCUGUACGACCGCCAGGGAUCCGCGCGCCGCAUGCGAGGUCUCUACUAUUGAUAUAUGCAAACAAUCUAUUAAAGCUUCGGAGAUAAAUACACAUAAUCGUACGAUG